AUGCUGCGGCUCGGAAGCCAGGGCUACGCGGAGAGCGGCCUCCGGUCCUCACAGGGCGGCUCUGGGGCAGGGUCACCGGCCAGGUGGCGGCAGCCUCGGGCAGAGGACGGUGCAGCCAGCCCGCCGGGCCAGGCUCCGCUCAUGCCAACCUGGGCUCAGCUAGAGCCACAGCCCAGAAACUGGGGUGCGGUGCAGGGGGCCGAGGAGGCUCCAACGUUAUUUUGGGACGCCAUUGCCAUCACCGCCACCGCCAGUCAGCACGCACAAGUCACUGUUGCCUGGCGGGUGGUCCUUCUGGAGACGGCUCUGGCGGUCUUGUCCCUUGUCACAGAGGUGUUGAUCAGUCUUAUCUUCCCCGGACUCCAAGAAAAUGGAGGAGAAUUUGACCUGCUCUGUUUCCAUGGAGACAUCUGUGAUGCCACAUUGCUCCUGCAUCCCAGGAGAAGGGGGCCGUCGAGGCCGGUCCACUCUGGCCCGGCCCGGCCCUCGGGUCCCGGCUCCAGGUCCCGGCGGGGCCGCAGCGCGGUCCUGGGGAGCAUGGGCCUGCACGGAGCGCUCAGCUGGCAAAAGGAGAAAGCCCCGUCUUUCCGAACUUCCUUCCCGAUGCUGCCCAGCAAGGGCAGCGUCUCCGAGAGGCACAGUCUCUCCCUGCACCCCAUCGCUAAGGGCAUGCGCGUUCUCCAGAGCGUGGCCACGCGGGACUCCCACGACCCGGAAGGGAAGCAGUGGGGGGGCCUCCACAGGUCGGCUCAGGUCAUCAAGCGCUACUACUCCAAGAUGAAUGAGCUCAAGGACAUUCCCAGCCCCACCGGCUUCGUGUCCAAAAUGGAGGAACUGAGGAAAGUGUUCCUCAUGCGGCCUGGAUGCCCCCAGUUCAGUACCAAAGCCACUUCCAUGUCAUACUUGGGUAAGAGUCACGCCAGCGCCACCUGCCACCCGGAAGCCCUCAGCUCCGGCUGGGACUUCCACGGGGCCCUCGGCCCCGGCCCGGCCUUCCGGGGGGCUCCAGGAGCCACUCCGCACACAGGCGCGCAGCGGGAGCUGCAGCAGCGCCGUGUAGAGCAGGGGAAGGAGAUGGUUGGAGCUCCUAGAAGCUUCAGGAAAGAGGCCCUUAAGGCCUACAAUGGCCCACCCGGCCCCGGGCCACACCGUCCUGAUGAGAAGCGGCGUCCCUGGGGGCCGUCGGUGCCCGGCCUGAGGUCGAGGGGUUCUCCAUCGCGUUCUGUCCAUCGGACGCUGCCACUGCUCUACUCAGGCAGUUCACGGCGGCAGCAGGAGGUUGGAACUCGUGCUUUCGUUCAGGCCACUUCUGAAUACGUCCUUGGACUGUGGGCCUUGAAGACGGAGAUCUGCCCAAUCUCUGCCUCUGCAGUAGCUGGCGUGACAGGAGCGUGCCACUAUGUCCCACCCUGCUCCGUGUUAAGAGAUAACGGGCACGACAGUCUCUUGGGGAUGAGAGCCCUCUCCAGUCACAUGUGGCACUUUGCAUCCACAGGCUCGGACAGCAUGGUCACUCUGCCCAUGGUCGUGUGUGCCAGCUCCCCAGCCUGGAGGGGGGCUGAGGAGCCUCUCCCGGACACUCGGGGCUCCAACAUGAACGAGGAUGGGCCCCCCCUCAAGUUCAGCAGGAGCGCCUGCGAGCUCGGCUACCGGCAGAGGGAGGCCGAGGGCCCCAGCCUGAGCCGCAGCCUCAGCUUCAUCCCCACGGCCUUCCUGGUUACUCCGAAGCGGAGGCUGCCCUGGUACAUCUCCGUCAUCCAUGAGAAGGACCACUCUCUAUUCAUGAUGGGGAAAAAAAUCCAGCGCCUCGCUGAGCUGGAGGCCCAGGUGCAGAGGAAAGACCAGGAGAUCCAGGUGCUGCGGAGGGAGAGAGAGGUCCUCAAGAAGCAGCUCAAGUCCCUCCUCAGGAGCCGGAGCCAGGAGCUGCCCAUGGCCUUUCUCAACAGGGUGAGCCGGCGCCCGCGGGCAGAGUGGUCCGUGGGGCAGCUGGGCGUCCUGAAGAACAUCUACAAGGACGAGGAGGAGAUGCGGCACUGGAUCCAGAUGCAAGAGGCGUUUGCCACGAUGGAGCCGGCCCAGGAGCAGCAGCUGGAGCUGGGGAGCGUGGAGGAGGAGAAGGGCCUGGAGGAGCCCGCCCAAGCCUCAGCGAAGGGCGGCGCGGGCAGGGCGGGGGUCCCCGUCUACAAGGACGCGGAGGCCAGGACGGAAGAGGAGGAGCAGCAGGAGGCGCAGCCGCAGGAGGAGGAGGGGGAGGAGGAGGAAGAGGAGGAGGAGGAGGACCGGGGUGGGUGGGAGCUUCGUGAGGAGGACGAGCACCCGGUCAGGAAGCUGUACUCGCUCACCGACUCCUUCGAGGAGGAGCUGCUGGCCCAGCUGGAGGAGUACGAGCGCAUGCUCCUGGACUUCCAGAAGGAGCUCGAGCUCACCAGGACCCGGCACUCCCUGGCCGUAGGAGCCAUCACAUCCCUACACCGACAGAUCGAUUUCCAGGAGUCUCAGCUGCGCAAGGUCAACAUGGAGAACGAGAUGCUGAAGCGGGAGCUCCGGGAGCGGAAGCAGCAGCUGCAGGCCAUGUCGGACAAGUUCUCCAACCUCCGGGAGGAUAAGAAGCACCUGGAGAUGAUGGGCCUUAUCGAGAGGGAGAACCUCAUCCUCCGCCAGAAAGUGGUGAACUUGGAGAGAGACAUGGUGGAGCGCAACCUGGCCAUCUCGCAGCUGGACAGCAGGGUGGCGGAGCUGCAGGCGCAGGUGGACCAGAGCCAGGACCACCUGCAGCGGAGAAAGCAGCUGCAGGAAGACCUGCAGCUGAGGAACGAGAUGACCCAGCAGGCGGAGCAGCAAGCCCGCGUGGCCCUGGAGAGCGCCCAGUCCCGGCUGGAGAGGCUUCGGAACAAGGUCAUCCAGGCCGCCUUCAGCGCCAGCGGGACCAAGGCCACCACCGAGAUCUCGGACAACUCCAUCCUGGAAACCCUGCAGAAAAUCAUCUCGGAAAGAAACGAGUUCUACAACCAGCUGAAGCAGAAGGGGGUCAAGGUGCCACCGCUGCAGCCGUCGGACAGCUCCCUGCCCACGAAGGUCAAGAAGGUUACUUCCAAGUAG